AUGGCGUCUGCGUAUCAAGCUAGGUCUUUGUACGAUUUUGACAGCAAAGACAAGCGGCUUCUAAGCUUCAAACAAGAUGAGAAAUUUAUUGUUAUCGAGCAGUUAUGUAAAGAUCCUAACUGGUACUAUGCCGUUAGUGAAAAGGGAAUUGCGGGCUUCGUACCGGUCACUUAUAUUUUGCGCGAAGAGAGCGAUAGGGAACAGUUCUUGGAACUUGUCGAGAAAACACUGGAGGCGCUGCAAAACAGCACUUCAAGCUUAGAUGAGGGCAACACCAGUUUCAUGAGCCUGCAGAGGAAAGCGCUUAGGUACAGUAACGCUCUUUUGCGGUUACACCACCUAAAGGAAAGCUUGCGGAGUUCGUGCGAAGGACCAGUGAGGGACACGCCGAGGGAGACUGCCCUGGGCCACCAGUCACCCAGCGAUUUCCUCCAAGAAGAGUACUCCAGGAUAAACUCGGAGUGGAUCUCGGAAAACCUGGCUGGAGCAGAGUUUGAAGUUGCUCCCCGGGACAAGCGUGUGCCCACUUCCAGCGGUGAAGAAAGUCACCCGGAACUUCCAACGUUGGCUGCGGAGCUCAUAGAACAGGUGCGCAGCCAGACCCAGCUGAGCCAUAACCUGUCUCGGGUGGCGGUGAUAGCUGUGCUGCGUUGCCUGUCUCGGUCCUUGCCUGGUACUUGUCCCUGGGACGGGCUCCUGGACAGCGUCCUGAAGGCAGAGGAGUGCGAGCGACCCCUGGUGGCCAGCCAGGACGGAGACCGUCUACAGCUGCUCCUGCGGCGCCUGUGGCACUGCAAAAAUGACGACCAGCAGCGCAGCUGGCCAACCCACCAGGACGAGGCUUCCAUCCUGGGCCUGCUCGAGGAACUCUACACGAUCCUGGUGGACGCAGACCCCAGGGUGUCGAGGCUGGUGGUGCAGGCGGACGAGUACGACUGCGUCACGACUCUGGCCCUCUAUUACCAGAUGGAGCCACGUGCAUCGCUGCGAGUCUGGAUGCUGCGCGUGUUCCUGACCCUGUGCGAACUGGACUUGCAAGUGGUGUCCUUGCUACUACACUCAGUACUACCCAUGGAGCUGGCACGAGACCUGCAGGCCAACUCUGAUGACAUUGAGAGGACCAAAUACACAGCACUGCUGCUGACUGUCAUCUUCUCCACAGGAGAGAAGCCACCGAACAACGUCCACGAGUAUGUGGGUGAGGCAUUUGUGGGCUUCCUGCUGGAGACAGUGGAGUCUGCGGAGGCGGAGGAAGAAGUGGCGGAGCUGUGCCUUGGCACCCUCCUCUCCCUCAAUCUGCACCUUGACAUGAGGGAGGACGACCACUUUGUGCUCAGGGCUCUCAAGGCCCGCCAGGAUGCACGGGCACUCACCGAGAGGCUCAUGCUCCUCGUCAACCGAGAAGACGACCCUGCCCGUGUGCUGACCCACGAACUGAGCGGUGUGCCCAACUCCGUGCUCAAGUUCCUGGUGGAGCUGUUCUCGGACAGUGCCACGGCCGAACUCUUCUAUCUCAAUGAUGUGGCCGUGCUGCUGGACAUCGUGGCUCGACAACUGAGUGACCUGCCCCCUGGGGACAAGAGGAGGCCCCUGUACCUGUCCCUGGUGGAGCGCGUGCUGGGCUCCACUUCGUACGAAGGCCACCGGCAGACUGAGCUGCAAAGGUGCUUCCAGGCUGCACUCUCUCGGGAGGAGUCGGCUCCGGAGGAAAAGGAGGUCGUGCGGCGCAUCCAAGACACCUGGCCCCAUUGGUUCCCCCCCGCCGACUGCUAGGCUCGCAGCGCCUGACACCCGAGCAGUGUCGCUUUUGAGGUUACCCUGUCCUCCACCACUGCCCGCUGCAGCCGAGAGUGGAAGGCUGCAAGGUCGACGGGUUGCAAAAGAUGUGGAUCGAAAGCAGCAGAGUGAAGAAGAACCGCGCUGGGUUGCUGUUCGUGAGUCGGAGGGAAUUCACAGAUGCCGAUUGCCUCUUUUGUGUCUUGUGCAUGUGGAUUUUCUGAUGCGUGUUCUUGUUUUAUUAAUUUAUAAAUAUUAGGUAGUGCCAUAUCUUAAUUCUUUAGCUUUGUUUGGCUUUGAUGAACUGCUAUCAAUGCGCAUGUUUAGUGUUAUUUUUUGUCUAUUUUUUUCUUAAUGAAUAGAGUUUUUUUUUUUUUUUGCAGUGCAGCUAUCUUUUCCAUUAAGGGCUUUGUCUCGAAGCAGGGGUUUGAUGGUCAUAUGAAACAACCACGUUUCAUGACUACGUAUUAUUGAGAUUAUUGUUUGAAUGGUGACAGUCUCAUUGAUGCAGUGCUAACGCUGAAAAUAGUGUGUAAUAAAACAAAA